AUCCAUGGACACAUUUCGAAGCUCAACAAGCUCUGGUCUAAUCUACAAUCCGCCCUAAGCCCAUCAGAUUUCAGCUCAGCUCUCGUCAUCUUCCUCGGCGACUACUGCGAUCGUGGACCGGAGACCCAACAAGUCAUCGACCUCUUGAUCAAGCUGCCGGAGGAACAUCCCGACCAGACCCACGUUUUUCUCGCCGGAAACCACGACUUCGCCUUCGCUGGGUUUCUGGGUUUGUUGCCACCUCCUUUAGAUGGGUCCGAAUUCAAGGAUACGUGGGAUGAGUUCGAGAGAAACGAGGAGAGAGAAGGAUGGUAUAAUGGUGAAGGCUUUGAGGAUAUGCAUGUCCAAGGUAGGAGAUGGGCUGGUACAAUUAGGGUUCAGUUCGAUUCCGCGAUUGGGGUUGUGUAUAAUGGAUCGAUUUACGAUGCUGGGUCCACUUUUGAAUCCUAUGGCGUCCCUCAUGGAUCUCCUGAUUUGAUAAAGGCUGUACCAAAGAGCCACAAGAAGUUCUUUGAGGAAAUGGUAUGGGUCCAUGAAGAGGAAGAUGUUUGUGUAGAAACCGAGGAAGGGCUUAAGCAAUGUAAGUUGAUUGCGGUACAUGCUGGUUUGGAGAGAAGGACGAGCGUUAACGAACAACUCGAGCUUUUGAGAGCUAGAGACACGAGCAUCCCUAAAAUACAACCUUUAAGUGGUAGGAGAAACGUCUGGGACAUCCCACAGGAACUGGAUGAUAAACAAACUGUUAUAGUAAGCGGUCACCAUGGGAAACUUCACAUCGACGGCUUGAGAUUGAUCGUCGAUGAAAGCGGUGGAUAUCCGGAUAUACCUUUGGCUGCAAUUAUUCUUCCUUCUAAGAAGAUUAUCCGCGACACUGAUCCACGAGGCCCACAAGUACACUAUCUCUUAAAUGGCGCAAGAACCACGAACGACAUCCAUGGAUACAUAUCGAAGCUCGAUAACCUCUGGUCUAAUCUACAAUCCGCCGUAAACCCAUCAGAUUUCAGCUCAGCUCUCGUCAUCUUCCUCGGAGACUACUGCGAUCGUGGGCCGGAGACCCGAAAAGUCAUCGAUUUCUUAAUCUCUCUGCCGGAGAAACACCCCGACCAGACCCACGUCUUUCUCGCCGGAAACCACGACUUCGCCUUCGCCGGGUUUCUGGGUUUGUUGCCCUCUCCUUCAGAUGGGUCCGAUUUGAAAGAUACGUGGAAUGAGUUCAAGGACAGCGAGGAGAGAGAAGGAUGGUAUAGAGGUGAAGGGUUCGAGGACAUGCAUCUCCAAGGUAGGAGAUGGGCCGGUAAAAUCAAAGCUCAGUUCAAUUCCGUGAAAGGGAUGGCGUAUAAAGGAUCGAUUUACGACGCUGGGUCGACUUUUGAAUCCUAUGGCGUUCCUCAUGGAUCUUCUGAUUUGAUGAAGGCAGUACCGGAGAGUCAUAAAAAGUUCUUGAGCAAUAUGGUAUGGGUCCAUGAAGAGGACGAUGUUUGUAUAGAAACCGAAGAAGGGCUAAAGCAUUGUAAGUUGAUUGCGGUACAUGCUGGUUUGGAGAAAGGGAAUAGCGUAGACGAACAACUUAAGCUUUUGAGAGCCAAAGACACAAGCAUCUCUAAAGUCCCAUAUCUGAGCGGCAGGAAGAACGUUUGGGACAUACCACAGGAGCUGGAUGAUAAACAGACUCUUGUAGUAAGCGGGCACCAUGGGAAACUUCACAUAGAUGGCCUGAGAUUGAUCAUCGAUGAAGGUGGUGGAUACCCGGAAAAACCAGUCGCUGCAAUUGUUCUUCCUUCUCAGAAGAUUAUCCGCGACACCGAUCAUGUUUGUAGUUAAGUUUCUUUUCAUCAAAGUAAAAUUUCAUUUCAAACACAAAUUAUAGCAAAAGUUACCCUUACAUUUUUAAUUACAAACAAAAAUGGUCUGAGUGUCAGGGAUUGAAGAAUUUUAUGGGCCUUAGCACAUUUGAAAGCCCAACUUUUUAAAUUUUGUUUCUACUGUAGGACUCGCAAUUUUGUAAGCCCAGCUAUACAAAAAAAGACUUAAGUAUUAUUUUUAUGGAUCGUAAACUUCUUUGUUGCGCUUUGACAUCU